GCCAAUAGGAUUUCCCCUCUCCUUUCCUCAGGUAGGAAUUACUGAAGAGCAAGCAAACAAUUCCCUAAACAUCCCUCAAAUCUUCAGUUGAAAUCAUUUAUCUGCGGAAAACUAAACGGCUAAUUAUUUAUGUUUCAAAUGAGCUUCAAAGGCUUAAACUUGGACAACUACUCUCAUGUCGACAGUCAAGGACUCUCGACAUACACCGGGAACUCGAACGUCUCACCACCUCAUGAGUCAAUGUCGGGCUAUGACUUCAGCAGACCCUCCGGUCAUGAUCCAGUGCCAACUGGGUUCCCGCUUCAUUCGUUGUCGUCGAAUCACGAGAGCGCGUUCGGGGCCAAGAACUUGUUCAGCGUCAGUGGCGCAUCUGCAGCGGAUGACGUCGCCAUUACCCGCAGUGGUGAUUGUGGAAUGGUUCCAAUGACGUCGAUGCCGCAGUACUAUCCGAGGACUUCUUCGCUUUUGGCCAAUAUUCUCAGUGCGGAGAGAAGCACUCCUUCUUCGGCAUCUGUGAUGGGGUCUCUGCCUCUCCCAAGUCUGACUGUUCCCUCCACUUCGUCCUCGUUCCCCUGCUCUUCCCACUCCUCCGAUUCCUCCUCUUUGGGACUGGCGGCAGCUGUCACUUCUUCGGUUCACUCAUUCAACCCACCGCACACUUCACUAUUACAGGUGAACGAAUCCGGCCCUGGGACGACUGGAGGAAGAUCAGUUGGCAGUGCGAUUGGCUCCUCUGCUGUUCCUUCUUCAGUGCAGCAACAGCACAACAAGUAUAUCGCGAACUCAUUCGCCAACUUCGUCAAGACAUUCGGAGAGGACAAUGCUGCUAUCAAGUACAACUCAAUUGGGGUUUUGCCUCUGACUACCUCAGACACCACCGGCAACCCCCACGCAUAUAAUAGAAGUGGGAGUGGGUCUACUUUGGCAGAUAUCUCAUCCAGCCAUUGCUCAGAUUCACACUCUUACAGUGGCAGCAGAUUGAACAAUCCGAAUUCAGAUCCUCUCGAUUCUUUCCCCUCUCUUCAGAGGAGAAAAGAGGACAAUUUGUCACCUGGUAUCGGGGGUGUAUACAACAGCAAGACAUCCAAAGACAGCUCAGAAGAUAAAACAUCGUAUGGGGAACAGGAAACUAGUUUGUCUUUGCCUCAAGAUCUGGAGUCGUGGAGUGGGGUGCAGGUGUUGGAAUGGUUGGAGUGGAUCUGCAAAGAGUACCAUCUAAGUGGUCUAGACAGCGGGAAACUGUCGCCCUCCACCGACGGCAGACAACUCGCACAACUCAACAAGGCCGACUUCAUCGACAUGUUCGGCUCAUGCUACGGCGAGAUAGUCUGGUGUCACCUAAACUUCAUCAAAGAAGCAAACAUCUACAGUCAAAGCGCGACCAAAAAUGGCGACCUCGAAAAUUCGGCGCAAAAAUUGGACGACAAAAAUGAUUCCUCGAAACCUCUCUCUAGCCCCAGCAACAAAUCGAACGGACAGGUGUCAACUCAAAGCCCUCUUUUGUAUAAAGGAUCUGGACAGAUUCAACUCUGGCAAUUUCUACUUGAGCUUCUCUCGGACAACAAGAACUCCGACUGUAUCCAGUGGGAAGGCAACUCGGGUGAAUUCAAAAUCACCGACCCAGACGAAACAGCCAAAAGAUGGGGCGAAAGGAAAUCGAAACCCAACAUGAAUUACGACAAACUGUCAAGAGCACUGAGAUACUACUACGACAAAAAUAUCAUGAGUAAAGUGCAUGGCAAACGAUACGCUUACAAAUUCGACUUUCACGGCCUGGCUCAAUUCACUCAAAGCACUGCGUAUGGAGACCACGCCGCAGCUACAAUUAGAUACCAACCUCACUCGGAAAUAGCGCCAUACUUCCAUACAUACAACACAGCCGCCGCUCAUUUUUCAGCUACCGGUUUCCCCAUGACCAGUUUACCCCCAAUGAACUUAGCUUCUAUGGCUGCUGCUCAGAAAAUGAACCCAUUCAUUCAGGCACAGCCAAGAGCUGCAGCAGUCACUCCUUCAGCACCAUUCACGAACAACCAGUUCUUCAGUGACACUGCAAAUGCAGCGGCUGUUGCAAUGGCACAUGCGGCUCCCAACGUUACAGCCACAACACCAGGUCUCUUAAGUACAGCACAGGCACAUCACUAUUGGGCAGCGCACCACUCCUUUUCAGCCUAUGCUAACCCGUACACUACAGGGUACAACACAGCAGCCGCUCAGAACAUGUUCGGAUCGUUUGCAGUGAACAAUUCAAAUUCACACUCUUAUGGAUAUUAGA